UUCAGCAGGAUGAGUGAGGCAGAGGGACAAUUCUACAGUGUUCAGGUGGUGGACUCCACCUUCACUGUACUUAAACGCUACCAGCAGCUUCGGCCCAUUGGUUCUGGAGCCCAGGGCAUUGUCUGCUCUGCCCUAGAUACAGUCCUUGGUAUACCAGUGGCAGUGAAAAAGCUGUGUCGGCCCUUUCAGAACCAGACCCAUGCUAAGCGUGCCUACAGGGAGCUGGUGCUACUCAAAUGUGUCAACCACAAAAAUAUCAUCCGUCUGAUCAAUGUAUUCACGCCUCAGAAGUCCCUGGAGGAAUUCCAGGAUCUGUAUCUGGUGAUGGAGCUAAUGGAUGCUAGCCUAUGCCAAGUGAUCCAUAUGGACCUAGAUCAUGAGAGGAUGUCCUACCUGCUAUACCAGAUCCUUUGUGGCAUCAGGCACCUGCACUCUGCUGGCAUAAUCCACAGGGAUCUGAAGCCCAGUAACAUUGUGGUUAAGUCAGAUUGCACAUUAAAGAUCUUAGACUUCGGCCUAGCUAGGACAGCCUGCACUAACUUCAUGAUGACCCCCUACGUGGUGACCAGAUACUACCGUGCCCCAGAGGUCAUUCUGGGCAUGAAAUAUAAGGAAAAUGUGGACCUGUGGUCAGUUGGCUGCAUAAUGGCUGAAAUGAUUUCUCACAAAGUCCUUUUUCCUGGAAAGGACUACAUCGACCAGUGGAAUAAGGUGAUUGAGAUUCUGGGCACACCCAGUCUAGAGUUUAUGAACCGACUGAUGGAGACUGUGAGGAACUAUGUGAUGAACAAGCCACAGUAUCCUGGUGUCAGUUUUGCCGAGCUUUUCCCGGACUGGGCCUUCCCCUCUGAGUCAGAACAUGACAAACUGAAGACGAGUCAAGCACGGGACUUGCUUUCCAAAAUGCUGGUCAUUGAUCCUGAGUGCCGCAUCUCUGUAGAAGAAGCCCUUAAUCACCCCUACAUUCAUGUGUGGUACGACCCAGCAGAGGCAGACGCGCCUCCACCCCAGAUUUCUGACAAGCAGCUGGAAGAGAGAGAGCACACUAUUGAGCAGUGGAAAGAGCUCAUUUAUGAAGAGGUGAUUGACUGGGAGGAGAGGAACAAGAACGGUCUAAUGAAAGAAGAUUGCUCAGAUGUGAUUUCAGGGUCAGCCUCCCAGUCUUCUUCCGCCAACGAUAUCUCGUCCAUGUCCACGGAGCACACCUUGGCCUCAGACACAGACAGCAGCAGCAUCGACACACUGACAGGACCACUGGACGAGAAUCACUGAACACAGACCAUUUCCACGCGUCCGUCUGCCUGCCUGCCAUCUCCCAUUUUCAAUGUCCAAACAUCCGUAGCCCUUUUCAGACAUGGUAUAUGCAACAUCGCUGGCUUCAUCAAUCUGUUAAAGUGACGGCACUCUGUCUUUCAGACAUUGGUCAGUUUUACAUCAGUGCGCUUCAUGGCUUCGAUACAACAUACAUGCCGGAAUAUUGUCAGCGUCGCCUUUAGUGAAGUGUAACCACACUCUUGAACGUGUUGUUCUCUCACUAGAAGGUGUGUGUGUGUGUGCACACUGCUGCUGAGAAAGCUGUACCCCACCUUCCCACACAGGCUCCAAAAGAAAUCUCUUAAUGAGCGGGAAUGCUGAAAAUGAGGAAUGUUUUAAUCUUGCAAACGAGAAGCAUAGUUUAUGAGCUAAAAUGUUGACAUGCACAUAUUUUGUUGUGGAGAGCGUUCUCUUGUGAGCUGAGCAACUCGCAAAGAUGCAUUCACAGCAUGAAUUUGAGUGUGCAUUACCGUUAAUGUUCAGAUGCCGUCAGGAGGGAGUCUGAAAGGGGCCCAUCAGCCAUCACCUUUCUUUUCUUUUUUUACCUCCACAUCUACCAGCUUUCCAGUUUUUUGUUUUUUUUUGGGUUGUUUUUUUUUUUGUCUGUCUGUGUCUUUAUUUUUCCUCUUCAUCCUAAAUGAACAGCUUUAUUUUUCUAAUUUCUUACCCCCUCUUAUGUGGCGGGUCUUCACACUUUGUUUUGGACUGCUGCCUGUAGGUAAAGGUUAUGUGCUCUCUGUUUUUCAUUUCUUGGUUGAUGUUUUACUUGAUCACCUACCUAUGUGUGGUGUAUACAUCCACAUUGAUUUACCAGUAGUAGGUGCGGGGUUGUUUGUUUUGUAUGCCUGUAUUUUUAAAGUUUUAUUUUUUUAGCAAAUAUCAAGUCAAGACUAGAUUAAUGUCAUCAAGUCAGAGCACGCAAGCAUUAAACUGCCAGCUGCUCUUGUGCAUGUUACGCCGUAAAGAACAAAAGCUUGCCGUAAACUGAUGGCGUCAGUCAUCUGAAGAUCAUGUGACGAUCAAAAUCUGAAAACCUUUUUUUUUUUAAUUAAUUAAUUGGCUUGAGUGAUGUGGGUUGUAAGCUCUUCCCCCUGACAGCUAGGGGAAGCUGUGGUUGCAGUGUUACGGUUUAUUUCCCGAUACAAUGUACUGUAUGUAAACAUGUCACUCACAGUGGCUGUAGACCCUUUCAUUACAAAUAGAUAGGAUGUGCUUGUUUUGUUAAGAAAUUCAACCCGUCUGUAGCGCUACAUAUAUCUCUCUAUAUAUUGUAGUCACCCCUAUUUGACUUAAGGUACCAACUAUCAGUGUGUCUAUCAAAAGAUCGUACUCCCGUACAUCCGGAAGAGACAACAAGAUACUUGUAUUUAUUUUUGUGUUCUUGCAGAGUGUUGCACACAACCACAGUGAGGCGCAUGGGAAUGAAGCCUCUUGUCAAAACAUUUCAUUGACAAAAGUGUGGACUGCUCCUUUUUUUUUUUUUUUUAACCAUUCCAUUAGUGCUGGAAAAGUUACAAAAUUAAUCAUGAAAUCAGACAUCAUGCAGGACACAGAACAAAAUCAUUUUUAACUUGCAUGAUGUCUUCACGUCUGUAAGAAAGUGUAGUUCUUGUUAUAAAGAGAAAUGCAUUCAGGUGCGUGCUUUUACUUGCAGUACCUUUUUAUUCUUUGUUUGCGAGCCAAGGGGUUUUUUUUUUGUUUGUUUUUGGCCUUGUAAGCCCAUGUGUUUGUAUAUUUUAUCAGAAUAUAUUGUGCAGCACUCCUGAUUUCUCCUUUGAAUAAUCCACCCCAGCUGUACAGGAAAAUAGUUCCUGGAGAUAGUUUUCCCAGCAACAGAAAGCAGACAUGUUGUGGUUUAAUGGGAAUGAGACUGCGGAGUCCUCAAUCAGAAUCUGGAUAUUUCAACUGAAGAUUGAAACUUAAAGCUGAACCUUGAAAAUGGGCUGUGCAGCUGCCUUUUUUUUUUUCUUUUUCUUUUUUGCAUAACUGAUUGCACACGUGAUGGACAUGCAGAAAGAAGACACUACGGAGUCAUUGAGGACUUAUGCACUAUGUUGUACACAACCAUGACCUUAUUUUUUCAGUCAUGCCUUAAAUGUCCUGAGGAGUGGCCGUAUAACUCUCCAAAACUUAGCAGAUAAGGACUGAGCAUCACUUUGCUCAGAAUAUCUUGUGUAUUUACUGUUUUUAGAAGAAAAUGCUCCAUUGUAUACACUGUACAUCUCAGUCUGUUUCUCCUUUUAUUUCCAGAGAUGUCCUAUGUGAUUGCAAUGACCACCAUGUUACCACUUGCCCAACAUCUUUUGCCCAUACUCCGCUAAUAAAGUGGACAUCAGUGA